AUGCUCUUAAUCGGUCUCACGGGCUCCAUUGCCACUGGCAAAUCAACCGUUUCCUCCCUCCUCACUGCACCGCCAUACAACUUACCAAUAAUCGACGCUGAUGUCCUCGCUCGGAAAGUUGUCGAGCCCGGUACAUCGGGUUAUAAGGCUAUAGUCGACUACUUUGGUCCCACCACUCCAGAUCUCCUCUUACCGGAAGAGACACCUGGCAAAGGACGACCUUUGAAUCGGCCCGUGUUGGGACGACGAGUCUUUGGCAGCUCCGACGAGCGCAAGAAGGAUCGCGCGGUUCUAAAUGGGAUCGUGCACCCGGCAGUGAGAUGGGAGAUGUACCGUGCGCUUUUGGGGUAUUACCUCAAAGGCCAUUGGGCAGUGGUGUUGGAUGUCCCGUUGCUGUUUGAGAGUGGGUUGGAUGCGCUUUGCGGGACGGUGAUUGUGGUUGGCGUUAAGGACCCUGCUGUCCAGAUGCAAAGAUUGCGGUUGCGAGAUCCACAUUUGAGUGCUGAGGAUGCGGAGAACCGUGUCAAGAGUCAGGGAGAUGUGCUAGGCAAGGUAGAGCGGGCACAGUUCAGAGGUGUAGAGUCCGCAAGGGGCAUUAUUGUUUGGAACGAUGGCGACAAGACAGAGCUGGUAACCGAGAUAGAGAGGGCCAUGUCCCGCAUUCAAGCCUCGAGCCCGCGGUGGUGGGCAUGGGUCCUUCUACUCGCCCCGCCGCUCGGAAUCAGCGUUGCUGCUUGGAAUUUGGCGAUAAACUAUCGCGGUAAGAGAGGUUGGGAAGAAAAGCAGCAGAAGGAAAAGGCAAGGCUCUGA